UCUCUCUCUCUCUCUGUGUGUAAUGGCAGAAAGCGCCUCCGAAUCUCUCUGUAAUGGCGGAAAAACCCUCCAAAUCCCGUCGAUCGAACUCCCAUGCCUGCUUACUCCUUUCUGCAAUUUCAACCGAUUUUCGAUCUCUACUCUCCAUAAACCCUAAUUUCCAAGAAUCUCUCCUUCGUUAGAGAAACGCACGAUCGAGAGCAGUCAAACCCUAGUUUGAAUUGAUUCAGUGAGUUUUCAGGAAUCUCUUCUUCUAUUGAUUGGUAAUCAGAUCGAGUAAGAGCUUUUCCUUUGAUAUGGAAUCGGCCAUUUCGAUUUCCCUUCUGCAUCCGGCAUAUCUGAUCAUCAGAAGUGAAUGAUCGUCCACGCAUCUGUACGAAAGCAGGUCCCGUCGUUCACUACGCGACGAAAAAGGACAGUUGUAGUAGUAGACUGGUAGGAGGUAAGCUGCAAAAUGACAGUUGAAAAUGAUGAUGGUACUGGCCUUCGUCUUGCAAUCCUCCGACAAGAAGAUGAAGAAGAAGAUGAAGAAAUGGUGGGAAAAGAAGAAGAGACAAUAAGUCAGGAGCAGCAAGAGCACUAUGUUAUCCGAUCAUCGACCCCCAACCCCACCACAUUGAUUAUCCGUCAGCUUCCUUCUCAGGGACUCUCUUUCCAGCUCUGGCCGGCGGCUUCCACCCUUAUGUCCUUCCUUGACCAAUCCUCGUCGUCAUCAUCCAACAGCCCCUUCCUAUCCUCCAUCUCCCAACGGCCUAUCCGUAUCCUUGAGCUUGGUUCCGGCACCGGCCUUGUCGGCAUCGCUGCAGCUGCAAUUCUUGGCGCCCAUGUCACCAUCACCGAUCUCCCCCAUGUCCUCCCCAACCUCCAAUUCAAUGCCAACACCAAUGCUACUGCCGUGGCCUCAAACAGCGGGGUUGUUGAUGUACGAUGCCUCAGGUGGGGAGAGCCUGAGGACAUGGCAUCCAUCGGCCACCAAUUCCAUCUCCUCCUUGCGUCUGAUGUUGUCUACCAUGACCACCUCUUCCACCCUCUACUCCAAACCCUCUCUUUCUUCCUGCAAGGAGACGUGGGACUAGUAAUGGCUCAUCUGAGAAGGUGGAAGAAGGAUUCCGCCUUCUUCAAGAAGGCAAAGAAGCUGUUUGAUGUAACGAUGAUACAUAGGGAUGAUCCAUUGCCUGGCUCUCGAACUGGUGUUGUUGUUUACCAUUUUGCUGAAAAGGGUCGAAACAAAACCAUCAUGGAACCUAUCCUGUGAUCUUUAUUGUUCUCUUGAAUUGUCAGGAAUCAGAAGAAAGAAAAAGGGCCAUCAUCUCAUUCUUCAUAUGUAGAAUCAAAGACAACCUCUCGUCUCAUCAGAACAUGAAUGCUCCUCACAACAAUUUUCAAAAUGACAUAAACACUGCUUUAUUUUGCAUUUCCAA